CUUGCCCCCCCCCCAAAAUGCCCCCCCAGCAACCCAAGACACGAUACUUCAAGGGCAAAGCCCCCACGGCCAUCUCCGAAUCUGAAUCCGAAUCCGAGGCUGAGGAGGAAGAAGAUGUCAAGCCGACAUACAAACAGCGUCAGAGACAGAGACUCGAGGAGGAACGUAACCUCGUCGCGGGUGGAGCUGGACGGGUCAUCACGGAUGUAAAAGAGAUUGUGAGAGAGGGGUCAAGGGCAAAGAUGGGAGGCGGAAUGAAGAUGGAUUUGGGGAAUGUGCAGGUCGGGAGAAAAGUGGGUGAUGGAGGUGUAAAAGAGGAAUCUUCAGAAGAGGAAGAGAGCGAAGAGGAAGAGGAAGAAACUGUUGCUCAGGCUGCCAAAGCGGAUGAAGAAGAAUCUAGCGAGUACGAGACGGACUCUGAAGAGGAAUCGGAAGAAGAGGUCAAGAAACCCAUGUUUCGACCUGUUUUCGUCCCCAAGAAUGCUCGAAACAUGACCGCAGAAAAGGCCGCUGCAGAAGCUGAAGAAGCACGAAAACGCGAAGAAGAGGCUGAAGAGCAACGUAAACUUGCUUCUAAAGAACUCGCAGGGGAGAGUAUCCGCCGUGAACUCGUAGAAAAGGAAGCAGCCGAUAUUGUCCCCGAAGUCGACGAUACCGACGGUCUCGACGUCGAAGCCGAAUUUGAAGCAUGGCGCGCCCGUGAACUCGCUCGACUCUUGCGUGAAAAGCAAGCCCAAGCAGCCAAGGAUGAAGAGAAGGAAGAGAUUGAGAGGAGACGAGCGAUGCCAGAGGAGCAAAGGCUCAAGGAGGAUAUGGAAUUUGCAGCCAGAACGAGGGAGAAGGAAAAGGGGCAAAUGGGGUUCUUGCAAAAGUAUUACCACAAGGGUGCAUUCCAUCAGGACGACGAUCUGCUCAGAAGAGAUUAUGCGGGAGCGACGGAAAGCUCUGUAGACAUGACCCUCUUACCCAAGGUGAUGCAAGUCCGGGACUUUGGUAAAGCUUCACGAACAAAGUAUACCCAUUUGGCGGACCAGGACACCUCCCAAGGUGGAUGGGGAGCGGCUUUAAGGCGACCACCAGGAGCUCAGACUACAGGGGAAGGGUGUUGGAACUGUGGUGGCCCUCAUCUCAGAAAAGAUUGUCCCAACAACAAUGUCGGCGACCCGAAUCUCAUUGGCGGGAUGGUUAUCCCCGGCGUGGCUGGUGCUGGUGUCGGUGCGAGCGGCGCAAACACUUCGGCACUUGGGUCAGGGUCGAGGACUUGGGGGAAUGGACGUGAUGAUCGCGGUGAGAGAGACAGGCGUUAUGCGGAUAGGGACAGGGAUAGGGAUAGGGAUAGUGGUAGACGGCGAGAUGAAGGGAGGGAGAGGCGGUACGAUGAUGAGCGGCGAGGGGAGAAGGAUGAUCGUAGGAGGGAUCGAGAUAGGGAUUAUGGGAGGGACAGAGAUAGGGAACGGGAAAAGGAGACUGCGAGAGAAAGAAAUAGAGAUGGAGAUUACGGGAGGGACAAAGAUAGGGAGAGGGAUCGAUAUGAUCGUGAACGCGACUAUGCCCGAGACAGGGAUAGGCGGCGCGAUAGUCCUGGACGCAAAAGAGAGCGUGAUGACCGAGACAGAGACUAUGAGCGAGAUGAGAAGCGAAGAAGAGACGAGAGGGAUAGGGAUAGGGAAAGAGAGAAGGAAAGAGGGGUCAGACGGGACAGAGACAGAUUGCAGUACGAUUAGCAUAGCAUGUGAAGCCAGCAAAUUGUCAUACACUGUACGGUAGUCCAUUAAUGCAUAUGUAUUGU